CCAGGCUCUGAACCACACCUCAGCAGUAUUUUCGACGGAGAGAAGAAGGGAAGAGGUCACCAAAUUUGGCGUCACUGCGGCAGUAAGUGAAUGUGCCUGUCUGACACUAAUAUCCAUAAAGAGACAAUGAAAGGAGUUGAAAGGGACGACAGUGCUGUGCCAGAAUCAGUGAUGGAUGCAGUAAACCAGACUUUGGCCAACGUAGAAGAAGUGCAGUCUCACUUGCACGAAUUUUUGUCUCUUUCAGACCCCGAAGUUCUCACCCAAAUGCCACCUCUUCAAAGGGCUCAAUCCCUGUUCUUGCUCGCUAAAAUCACUUCCACCCUGUAUGCUUUGAAGUUGAGGUGCAGCGGUGUUCACCCAGAUGAUCAUCCUGUCAAGUCGGAGCUAGAUAGGUUAAGUUUAUACGAAGACAAACUAAGUCGAAUUGAAGAUUUGAGUAAAGCUCCACUACGACCUUCUGCCACCUUGAAUCAUCAGGCUGCUACCCGUUUUAUUGAGCACUCUCUGCCUGAUCUUACUCCAGAGCAGAGGCAAAAUAUGAGGAGUUUGAGUAGAGGGGAGAGGCCAAGGAUGAAUAAUCAGGAGCGGAGUGGUCAAAAGAGGAAGUUUCAAUCUUCGGAAAAGCAGUCCGUUCAAGCUGCUGCCAAAGAGUUUCUUGAGAAAGCAGCCCGAGAGAUUCUUGGUAACAAUGCUGGCAGUAUCAAGGGACCAAUACCAAUAGACGUCUCAGAUGAUGACAAUCAGUAACCUAUGAACUAAUUCUCUUGAAUUCUGUUUGCACGAACAAAAUGAAGCUGUGCUGGCAAUCAUCCUUAUGCAAGUCACUAAGGGCAAAAACUGCGCUGGCCUUGUUGCUUUGCCUUGCUUUUGGACCUCAGCAUUUCUUGGCGAUUCAAUGGCAUCUUAUUGUUAAGUAGCCGGAGAAAGAAGGGGCGUGUUGGCAUGUUUUCACAAGUAUGCUAUGCGAAAUCCAGUACUAGGGAGGAGGCAUGCAUUAUGUAAAUCUUGCUCUAGCUGUCUCUGUUAGGCUGUAAUAUUAACUUCUCUGAGAGCUAUGCUUGCACGUGACUGGGGUUACUAUGCUUUCGUGCUGUGUUAGUAUAUUAAACCAUAUAUGUGCUCCAAUUUUAGAUGAUCAUGUUGAUGCUUGAUUUUCAGUUGUGAUUAAA